AUGGCUCUCCCACGAGAGUCGACCUUCAUGCCGACCAUCAAAUGCUCGUCAUGUGGCCGGCAGGUGGAAAUCUCCAUGAUGGGCGAGCACAUUUGCAGCGGCCCGGGUGAAGAGCCAUCACCGCCGCCAGCUCGCCCAGACAGUAUAAGCUCAUCAUACGACCAAACAUCCCCUCGUGACAACAAUAACAAGUAUGGGCGCAUGCCGCCUCCGACUCUGGAUACCAGUGCCGCAAAUCUUCGAUUUUCACGGCAAGGCCAGCUCACACCGAUAAGCACAUCAACUGGCUCAAUCAGCAUUUCACCCAAAACUCCCAACAGUCAGGCCGCUGGCCGGUCGGAUGAUUACUUCCAACCACAGAUAGCAAAUGAUUACAAUUCGAACCAGCAAUCUCGACGUCCUGGGGGUUAUGGAGGAUUCGACGAUGGGGAAGAUUUCGCGUCGGACCAGAUGUACCCGAAUGAGCAAAAGAAGCAGGCACCGAGCCUCCUUCAACGUAUGAACACGAUUGCACCCGGACCUUUCGAGAUAGGCAAGAGGCCUGGUGCGCGUGCGGCUGCGAAGAAUGCUUUUGGCCCGACUCGACAGAACUCGUUGACGCCCGAGGACAAUUUCAUGAAUGACCGACCACUAACAUCAGCAUCCAACAACUCGUUCAUGUCUUCCGCGAGCAGUAACGGUGGCGGCAUUGCGCCGCCAAGACCGCCGAGGAAGAACGGCUACGGAGGGUUCGGCCCCCCAGGAACGAUGCCGGAUGAAUUCGAGCCCGACACAUUUGUCAGUCGAGCCGGCACCUUCCCCCGCCCCAGCGAGCCUGUUGAGGUGCCAUCGAGGGCUCCUUCGGCACCCGGCGUUCGCCCGGACAGGUUGAUGGGGGAGCCCAUCAGUCGUGGUGAGCACGAGAGAAAGGUGUCGAUGGGCCCGGAUACAUCAAGGCCACCGCCUCCAAGAAGGAGUCUCCUACGCCCGAACACGGCCGGAAGGGAUGGACCGCCGCCCGUCGAUUUGGCCAACGAGUUUGGUACCUCGAACCCGUAUCACACGCCCUCAGCUUCAACGUCAUCUGGGGCCUCCUUGUUUAGCCACGGCCGCCAGGCCAGCUCUCAAAGCAGCUCACAGUCCAGCCCAGGAAACCCGCGCCCGCGCCGCAAACCGUCCGACGUGAGCAGUUUUGACAACUUAAUGAACGACAUCGAGUCGUCGAUGGCUGCAAUGCAGCUCCCGACAGAUGCCAACCCGCCGCCGCCGCCGCCUCCCUCAAAAUCCCCGACAGAUUUGUAUCCCACUCGGCGUGCACCGCCCCCUGCGGAUCUCCGAAACGACCCUGCGGUUCAAGGUGCUCGACAGCGUGCGAGAUCGCCAUUGGCGACGCCAGAUUACAACUACAAUCCCCGCGAGCCGAUGGACCGUCGCAACCAGCAUCAGCGCCAGCCCAGUGAUGCGCCGAGCGUUUCAUCCCCACCCCGCAACCGCCCCUCCCGAGGGAACUGCAAGUCUUGCGGUGAUGCCAUCAAGGGCAAGAGCAUCUCUUCCGCCGAUGGCCGGCUGACUGGACGUUACCACAAGGCCUGUUUUGUGUGCACGACCUGCCGUGAACCCUUUUCCUCGGCCGAGUUUUACGUCCAUAACGACAGACCUUACUGUGAACUUCACUACCACAAGCUCAACGGUAGCCUGUGUGGAACUUGCGGACGCGGCAUCGAGGGUCAGUACUUGGAAGACGAGGAGCGCGUCAAGUACCACGUCGGUUGUUUCCGAUGCGGCGACUGUGGCAUGUCCCUCUCGAACGGCUACUUCGAGGUGAACGGCAAGGCGUACUGCGAACGGGACGCCUGGCGCCGCAUGCAGCCGCCACCACUACGAAUGGCCAACAGCGACCAGCGCGGCCGCGCACCCGGUGGUCUCGGUCCUCCGGGAGGUCCCGGACAGGCCGGCCGCCGCCCCAGCAAUGGCCAGUCUGGCAUGAGACCACCCGUCGGCCUGCCCCGCGGGCAGAGAAUGCCUCCUGGCGCCGGCCUUGCUCCGCCAAUGCCUCGCAUGAACAAGCGCAUGACGAGACUCGGCAUGAUGUAA